GCCUGCCGCGCGCUGCCUGGGGCGCGAGGAGCGCGCGCCCUGCCCUUGCGCGCCGCGUCGGCCGCCCCUCCCCCUCGUCCCGUCCCUCCCGUCGCGUCCCGUCCCCUCGGGUGCCGCCGGCCGGUGCUGAAGCGAGUCGGCGGCAGCAGGGACAUUUUCUGACUCCCGACCACUGUCCCGGCUGCCCUUUCCUCUCCGACGCGGGGCCGGCCGCUACUCCGGCCCCAGGAUGCAGAAUGUGAUUAACACGGUGAAGGGAAAGGCACUGGAAGUGGCUGAGUACCUGACCCCGGUCCUCAAGGAAUCAAAGUUUAAGGAAACAGGUGUUAUCACCCCAGAAGAGUUUGUGGCAGCUGGAGAUCACUUAGUCCACCACUGUCCAACAUGGCAAUGGGCUACAGGGGAGGAAUUGAAAGUGAAGGCUUAUCUACCAUCAGGCAAACAAUUUUUGGUCACCAAAAAUGUGCCAUGCUACAAGCGGUGCAAACAGAUGGAAUAUUCAGAUGAAUUGGAAGCUAUCAUUGAAGAAGAUGAUGGUGAUGGGGGAUGGGUAGAUACUUAUCAUAAUACAGGUAUUGCAGGAAUAACCGAAGCAGUUAAGGAGAUUACACUGGAAAGCAAGGACAGUAUAAAACUCCAAGAUUGCUCAGCAUUAUGUGAGGAGGAGGAAGAGGAAGAUGAAGGAGAAGCUGCAGAUAUGGAAGAAUAUGAAGAGAGUGGAUUGUUGGAAACAGAUGAGGCUACUCUAGAUACAAGGAAACUAGUAGAAGCUUGUAAAGCUAAAACUGAUGCUGGAGGUGAAGAUGCUAUUUUGCAAACCAGAACUUAUGACCUUUACAUCACUUAUGAUAAAUAUUACCAGACACCCCGACUAUGGUUGUUCGGCUAUGAUGAGCAACGGCAGCCUUUAACAGUUGAGCACAUGUAUGAAGACAUCAGUCAAGAUCAUGUGAAGAAAACAGUGACCAUUGAAAAUCACCCUCAUCUUCCACCACCUCCUAUGUGUUCAGUUCACCCAUGCAGGCAUGCUGAGGUGAUGAAGAAAAUCAUUGAAACUGUUGCAGAAGGAGGGGGAGAACUUGGUGUUCAUAUGUAUCUUCUAAUUUUCUUGAAAUUUGUACAAGCUGUCAUUCCAACAAUAGAAUAUGACUACACAAGACACUUCACAAUGUAACAAAGAGAGCAUAGAAUCUAUCCUAAUUAUUGGUUCUGAUUUUUAAAGAAUUAACCCAUAGAUGUGACCAUUGACCAUAUUCACCGAUAUGUACAAUUUCUCUAAUAAAGAGAAUUAUAUGUUUAUGCAUUAAAUAAAAAAAAGUUCCACUACCA